AUGCGAAUCCUGCUACUUUUCCUCGUCACUUUUCAUUUCGCGUCCGCGGUGGGUCUUAUUCAUGGAGACUGACUACUUAUAUUUUGCUUUUUGUAAGAAAAUUUCGAGAUUCUUCAACUACCUAAUGAAUUUGAAACUUGCGAAAUUAAUGGUCAACUCAAAAUCGCACGAAAUUCCGUAUUUUUUCUAGUAAUAUUGAGCCAAGCAUACUUUUUUUAUGACUUAUUAGAAGUUUGUCUCAAAUAUUCACUAGGGAACGUUUUUUUAGGCUCCGGUUGAAAAUUUGAUGUUACUUUGCUCAUGUGUACUUCAACGUAUCUUGAUUACAGAACAAGAAAAAAAUAUUUUCACAAAAGGUCUGGUUUUCUUGUUAAGACACUUCCAAAGCUUGAAAUUAUGCAAUUUCGUUAUAAUUUCGGUAUUUUGCAAUUUUUAAAGCUCUAUGAAUCGAAAACAAAGUCAGUGAUUUUUUACAAUAUUCACGAUAAGAGAAGCAAUUCACAAAAGUUAUUUUUAUUACUCUGCUCUGAGUCCUGAAAGUCUCAAUUCAAAGGGAAAUAAACUGAACUGAUCCAAUUUUCAGCAAUUCUUCAGCACCAUCCUAAACCAUGCCAAGAACCAAUCUUCUUGGUUCAACGGAGCUAGCGAUUCGGCCAAGAACUCGAGUCUGAACGGCCUCUGGAACAACUUCACCCAAGGAGUUUCCUCGGAGAACGCCUCCAUCUUUCCUGCCGUCUUCAUCGACAUUUCCGGCCCUGGAAACAACAAAUCCGACUCGGGCAACUUCUGGAACAGUUUCAUCCCCAAAAACGGAUCCGAUUUGAAUGGAAUGUGGAACAAUUUCACACAAGGAUUCGCUAACAAGAACGGAUCCGACUUCUUCGGAAUGUUCACUAAGAAUGGAACUGACUUAUCAGGAGCGUGGAACAACUUCACCCAGGGUUUCGCUAACAAGAAUGGCUCCGACUUUUUCGGACCGUUCCCCAACGGAACGGUUAUCACUGGCUUGUGGAACAACUUCACUAAAGGCAAGGACGGCUCCGACUUCAUGGCAACGUUCCCGAAUGGAACUGUCAUAACCGGCAUGUGGAACAACUUCACCCAAGGCUUUGGUCCUCAAAAUGUCUCUGACUUUUUCAGCAGGUUCGGAAACAACACCUUCUGGUAAGAGUUAUUAACAAUCGUGUCCAACUACCAAUAAUUUCAAGGCAGGACAAGGGUCCGAGGUCCAGCGUGGAUUCUUUCGUUCCAUUCUUGGCGAACGCCUCCACUGAAGCAAAGGUGGCCUUCUACGCCUUGGCCCCUCAGGCCGCCAAUCUGACCAUCCAGGACUUCCAAGACAAAAUCGGAGAGUGGGCUGCCAAGUUCAACUUGACGGUGAGAAAAGCUUUUUGUUGGCAGUCUCGAAUUUCGGGAUUUAGGAAGACGUUGACAAGUUCAACAAGAACGCGGAGGACACCUUGAUCGCGGCGGAGAACAACGCCAGCAAGUGAGUUUGGGUCAAAAAGUAGAACUUUUCGAACUGACAUCGCAAGAGUUGAACGGACUAUAGUCUGUGUGCCACGACUUGAAAUUUCACGGAACGACACUCCGCUGUGCCGCUGCGUGCGUUCGCGAAGCGUCUUUCGAAUCUUGGUCACGCUUUAAAUUCAUUGUUAUUGCUGUGGGAGAAAAUUAAAGUAAAGUACCUUAGUAAAAGAAAAAAAAAAAUUAAAAGCGCAACCAAGGUUCGCAAAUGCGCGCAGCGGCACAGCGGAAUGUCGUUUGGUGAAAUUUCAAGUCGUGGCACUCAGACUAUACAACAAAUUCACGAGUUUCAGGACGAUCAUUGCGAUGAGCGCAGUUCUCGACAACAUCAAGGCCAUCUCCAACAACAAGAACCAGACCUACUCAGAAAUGCACAAAGCCAUCACCAACUACAUCGACUCCUUGGAUCCCCUCACUAGAGAGGUUUCCAGUUUCAACUGAGACGGCUACAAGUUGAACUUGCAGAUGGCCGUCGCGUUGUUCCGCGCCUUGAUGCCGCCAGAGAUCCGCAACAACCCGAUGGUCAGGGCUCAUCGAGCUCAAGAGGUACGGUUAGGUCGGAAUGAUGUCAAUAAAAAAAAAAUACUUGCCUUUUUUUUUAAAUUCUUCCCCGUUUAGAAGUCUCUAUGAAGCGGUUUUUUAAAGAUACAACAAAAUUCACAAAAAACAGAGGCGAGAGUUCAAUGACUAUUUGAAGAAACACUAGAAAAAAAAGCCUUCUCUACUUCUCUGACGCCUCUCCAGAUCAUUUAUCUCUCGCCUCAGUGUUUCAGAUACUCAAUAGUUCCAUGGAAAAGGCUCGUACUAGAAAAAAAAAACAUUUUCAUUUUCCUUGAAACUUCAUUUGGAGUAACUUGAAGAAGUCUACUAUGACUGUAACUUCUGCAAGUGAGAGAGAAUAGAGCGCAGACCAGUCAGACUCAUCCAAGUCGAUAUGAAUCUAGUUUUCUUCGAAAAAAAAAUUAUAAGAACGCUUCGAAAAGUUUCCCAGCAUAAUCACGAACGACACAAUUGGAUCUACCCCUAACUUUUUCAACAUUUCCAGUGCUUCCAAAACUUGGCCGACCAAGGAAACGGAGGUCCGAGAUCCGUCGUCGAGGCUCCUCACGUUGCACAGUCUGACUAUGCUGGGGUCAACGACGGCGCCGACCAGAACAUCAACUUCACCAACAUGUUCAACAAGUUGGACCCCGGAAACAUGACCGACGAGCAGCGAGCCACGCUUGGAGCUCGCGCGACCAUGCUCGAAAAAAUGUACAACGUGAGUUCUUUUUUUAUUCAAAAUGAGUCAAAAUUAAACUUCUAAUGGAAAAAAGGUCAUUAAGGGACUGCAGGAGAGGGUGUGUUUUUAUUUCGAAACGAUACACGUCCAAAAUGAGGAUCUGAUUGAAAAAAGCGCAUCUUGACUGUUUUUUGAACAACGUGACUUUUUUACAAAACGAGUUCGACUUUGAUGAGAAAAAAUCCAUAAAACCAACGUGAUUUAUGUUUCAAAAUGAAAAAAAUCAAAACCAUGUUUUUGAUAGAAAUGACUGAUGGGCUAGGGUUAAUUUAAAAAAUGAAAUAAUUCCAGAGGCCUGGUCAAACUGAAGAGCAGCGAACGAUCAUGAGGAACGCCGUGAGCACCUUCUACAAGGUUUCCAGUCUCUUCUAAAUUCAUGUCCCAAAAAAUUGCGGCCGCAUUUGGAAUAACUGGAAGCGUCACUACUAGUCGUGUUAAGGCGGGCGCGUUUUGGCUUUCCAAGUUUUGCCAUAUUAUAAUAUAAGUGUAUCAAGUCUUCAAUACUUCGAUUAAAAUAUUCCAAGAAGUUCGAAAAUAAAUUCAGAGCUACCUGGACAACAUGAGCGAACGUCCCAUCAUUGGAACAACUGAGAUCGAUGGAGAAGCUUACUACGAUAUUGUAAGACUUUUCCUCCAGAAUCAGCUUUUUCGAAUAGUUUAAAACGAAAAAAGUUUAAUAAUUUUUGAUAUUCAGAAAGAUGCUGCCACUGGAAGCAUCAUUCAACAGCGCGUCGCUCACAGGGUUAGUUAUAAACUUCCGAAAAAAAAGAAAUUGCGAAUAAUUUUUGAAGCUUGAGGAAUUUUUAGAUGAUGAUGAAAUUCAAGACCCUCUAAACAGUAUAUGAUUUCAUUAGAUUUCAGAAAUGAAGAAAAAAGAAAAGAUUUCCGUUAGAAAAACAGUAAGAACGAAAAAUUUUAUAUCAAUUUUUCAAAAUUAUUUACCAAACAGGAAACCUUUCAAAGGUUUUUCCUAAUUUUUGGAAAAAAUAUCUCACAAAAUAAUAUUGUUUUAGACAUGAUAUUCGCAGCAAUAAGAAGUUUAAAAGAAGUAAAAAACUUGAACAAAAAAGACCAAAAAAUUCUAAAUUUUAAGUAAAUCCACCUGAAGUUUCAUUUAGGUCUUUUCCCUAGCGCAAAGCAGUCAGCCAAAAGUAAGAAAAAGUUUUGGUCGUAUUUUACAGCCUCGACCAGAAGCUGCCGAAAUCGUCGACGACGACUACAUCGUUCCCCUUCCAGAAGAGAAGAAGCCCGCGAGAAAUGUGAACAACCACAAGAAACCCGCCGGAGGACAGCACGGCAAUCACAAGGAUAACGACGUCCAAGGAGCCGGAUACAGUCACCAAGUGGUCAGCUUCCGUGCCGCCAAGCCUCAGCCCGACGAAGACGAUGAGGAUUAUGUUGUUCCAUUGGAGAAGAGCCAAAGAAUCAAGGUCCCGACCCACGCCAAUCACCAGACGCUGAAGAAUCCCGCGGAGAAGGAUGGAUUGUCGGGAAGCGUUCACCAAGUCGUGAGCUACCGCUCGAAGGCGCCGAAAGACGCCGACGACGAAGUGGUCCCUCUGCCAGUCCCGCACGACAGAAUGGCCCCUCAUCCGACCCACAAGAAGGCGAAUCCGGCAAAUCAUCCGGAGAAGCACGACAACGUCGCCGAGGUCUCCGUCCAGCAGCAGAUUCAAGUCGUCGACACAGCUACCGCAUAAGAUCUUGCAUUUGAGAAAGAAAUCGUUUUUUUAUGGCACUCGAAAUGAAUAAACUCUAAACUGUUCUGGACGGGUGGAUUGAUGAAGAUCGAGGGAACAUAGUAAGUUAUUCAUUGAGAGUAGAAGAUUUUGAAGGUUUUGGGUUUAAUAAGGUGCUCUGAUUAUUGAGAGGUCACAAAGUUAAUUGCCCAGAGGAGAUUUUCAAAAAUCAUAAAUUUUCGAAAAAGGACAGACUAACUAGGGCAUGGUCUCCGCUCGACAACGAGUUGAGAUUUGAGACUUUUUGGGUAGAUAGGCCUAGCUAAGAGUACUCGGCUCAAACAAAUAUUUGAAAAAAAUAAAGUUAUAAGCCGGCAAAAACGAUUUUCGCCAAAGGAUUCGAACAAUGGUCACAAUAUUGACAAGCUUCGGGAGACCACUACCACUACACCACGCCGCAAGUUGCUAGCCGAAGCUCCGAGCGCGGUUAUUUGCGCGCUGGAAAACUUUCGACGAGCUUUUCCUCGGUUGCCUGCGGGGUUUAGUAGAAAUUUAUUUUUCAAGUUUCAAUUUCAACUCGUUGGGAAGCGGAGAUCCUAGUAGAGUCUCUCGAAGAAAAAAAUAAGGCUUUGCUAUCCCGGCUUUCAGUUUGAAAGGACAAGGAACAUUAAAACUAUAUUUUCUUGAUGGUAGCCGAAAAACGAAGUUUGAGACUUCCCUGUCUCGUAUGAAUGAGAAACAACUUCCAUCUUCAAUUCAAAAAAAAAAUUACCUUGAGAAAGUAAGAAGGACAUGCACUAACUCUUUUUUUUAAAAUAAAAACUUGCCUCAACCUUUUUUUGUUCCAUUUUUACUUUUUAUUAAACAAAACUUUCCAAAGCCCACUUCUCUAUCGCAUCGACCAGAAACAGCCCUUUGAUUUGUCCAGAGUACUACUAAAUAGUUUGAUUUCUUGGUCUCACGUGUAGUGACACUCUGGCGCCACGCCAGAACCGAUAAAUCAAAGUCUCCAGGCGAGGAAUUGGAGCAAUGUUUUAUCAAUGAUGAAAUAACGAUAUGCCAUUUCGGAAUCGGCAAAACGUGAUUCAGCACAAAAGGAGGGGAUUUUAAUCGGCUUAUAGUCUUUUUUCCGACGUUAGACAAUGAAGUUUUUGGGUUCCAGACGUCUUGCAGCUUGUCUUAUUCGUCGCGUGCUCCGGGACGAAUUGUCCGUGUCGAGAACAAAGGGCUCAAAAUGGGUUCUAAGAUGACAGCCGCCUGA